UCUUCAUCUCCACAAACAGUUGAACGUUGAGCCUUAUCGUUAUUUUCAAUGGCAUUGUCACAAUUUCGUUCUUCUCUCAAAUUCGGUAACCCAUUUCCAAUGGCAACACUCUCUUCCUUCAUCAUCUCCUCCAAAACCCUAACCACCCCAAAACCUCAUCUCUCAAUUUCAACAACCUCUCCAUCCGUACCAAAAUCCGUACCCGGAACCCUAUCCAAAUUCGCGCGGCGGCCAAAGAAGAUUUCUCUUCCAACAAAAGCGGAAGCAAUGAGCAGAAGGAAACGAUUAUGCUUCCCGGUUGUGACUACAACCAUUGGCACUUACCUUCAAACUCUUGCUACUGUCUUGGGAAGUUUAGCUUUUGGAAGAAAAAUGCAGAAUUUGUCCUCGCUCGCAAGGUGUUCGAUGAAAUGUCCCAACCGAAUUCCUUUUGUGGCGAAGUUAGCGGUGAGAGAGGAAUUUGAUUUAAUUGAUGUUAACGGCUCAAUAUACUUAAUCCUGACACUAGGAAUUUGAUUCAUUGGCCAAACGGCCAGGUUCUGAGUGGAGAACUAGACUCACAUUGCUGCAGCUAUCCUAUUCUUUACAAUGUAAUAUACAUGGAGGUAAUCCUUAAGCAUAGAGAUCUUAAGGAGGAGUGGGUGUGGUUGCUAGAAAGGCUGGAUUAUUUUCCCAACCUUCGAAAUCUUACCAUUAUCGAGGACAAUGGGAAUGGAGACGAAAUUGUGUAUAAUUGGAGGGAACAAACAUCUACUCCGGAAUAUCUUUCAACACAGCUUAGAACAUGUUUGAUUAAACAAUUUACAUACACAGAAUGUGGUCUUCAAUUUGCUGAAUAUAUUUUGAGGAAUUCAAAGGUACUGGACACAAUGUCAAUCAAGAGUGCUUCAUUCAUAAAUGAAAAUGUCAAGAACCAAAUGUUAAUGAUAUUAGCUUCGGAGGAAUUCAAAGAGGUAAAACUUGUAGGUGUUCCGGAAAUGAACUAUACAUAUGAUGAUCAGCCAAACCCCCAUGGUGAAAUUUGUAUCAGGGGUCCCAUUAAUUUUCAAGGAUAUUACAAAGAUGAAGUUCAAACUGGAGCGAGGAGGUCUGUCAAGGAACGUCAUGAUAGGAGCAUCAGUGUAUCUACUUGGCAGCAACGCCAAGUCACCGGCAAGAGGAACAAGAAUGAAGAGGAUGAUUGUUGUCUUGGCAGGAAUGAAGAGGAAGAUUCCAUUAUGAAGAUGAAGGCUGCCCAAUUCUCAUCUCAUUAAACUUGAAUUCUCUCACUUAAUUUGGAGUCUAGUGAUCUUGUUUUAGGGAUGCAUGGAAUUGGUGCUGAGAUUGGUUACUUUGUUUUAAACUCACUCUUUUUUACUAUCUAAUGUCCUGAUGCUUAUAAUUGUGUAGAAUUUUUAUAGUAACUUGUUCUAUGAAUUUGUCUUGUAUAAAUUCAAAAUUUUUAAAUUAAAUUAUCU